GCGGGCGGAGGCCCCGCGGUGACGUCACGGCGGGUCACCCAGGGGCAGGCCAUCGGGCUGGGCCGUGCCAGCCGCACCCUGAUCCCCAUGGCGGCGGCCGCAGAGACAGGGGCGCCCGCGGAGGCCGCGGCCGAGCCCACCCCGCCGCCCGCCUGCCGCUUUUUCCUAGAGGGCCGCUGCCGCUUCGGGGCGCGCUGCCGCCAGCCCCACCCUGGGGUGCCACCGGCGCCGCCGCCGGACCGACCCGACCUCGGCGAAGCCAAGAAGCCGCCUCUGCGAACGGCCGCCGACGUCAUCCAGCGCAUCCGCUGGGACCCGCGCCUCGACCCGGCCGACUUCACGGUGGGCUACGCCGACCGCUUCCAGGGCGUGCGCGAGGAGCCUUUUGGCGCGUUCUGCUGGGACGAGCCACUGGGGGCGCUGGGCCCGGGUGUGCUGGCCGUGCCGCAGCACCGCGUGCGCUACUUCCGCCACCGAGGCCGCCUGGUGUGGGACCGCGCCUCGCGCACGGACCUGAUUUUCGGCUCGGGCGCCGCGGCCGGCCGCGGGCCCACCAUCCUCGACUCGCUGGACGGCAGCGACCACGAGGCGGCGCACCGAGCAGGGGCCGAGGGCGCACCCGGACCCCGGUAUGUUCAGGACGACGACGAGGAGGCGCGCUGGGCAGGGGAGGAAGACGCGCCGGGGACCCAGGAUGCUCGCGACAACGGGGACGCGCAGGCCGGAGCUGCAACGGUCCCGGGAGGCACCCCGUCAGUAAAGCAGUGCGCGCCUGCCGGCCCGGACCCCAGAGCAGCCGGAGCACCCAAGAUUGGCAGCCUGUCGAUGAAGGACCGGGAGUAUGAAGUGCCUGGGACCACAGAGCUGCAGGACACCCAAGGGGAAGGAGAGUGGGGUUCUGGGACCUGGCCCCAGAGUGGGGAGAGCACUCCGGGUCCCCACCGGCCCCGCCCCACACACUUCGUGGCGUUUAUGGUCACUGAGCCUGCGCUGCGGGCAGCAGUGGCAGCGACUCAGCAGCAGCUGGCCCAAGCCGCCCCGGGCUGUGAGCCCUUCCUGGUGCCAGCACAGGCCCUGCAUCUGACCGUGGCUUUGCUGCGACUGGCAGGCUCGGGUCGGGAGGCCGCGGCCGCAGACGCCCUCAGACUAGCACUCUCCAAACCAGGGCUCCCGGUGCCCCGAAAGCUGAGCUUUAGGGACCUGGAGCUCCUGGGCCCUCAUGUGCUGUGUGCGCCCCCCACUCCCUCGCUGAAGGACACUGCAGAGACACUGAGCCAGCGGCUGGAGGCAGCAGGGCUUCGAGUACUGCGGCCGGCGGGGGGCUUGAACCCCCACCUCACCCUGGCCAAGGUGCCUCGGGGCACCCACUGCUGCCUCCCAGAGCCAGGGCCCAGCCCCCAGCCAGAGCUGGGCAGUCAGCCCCUGACCACGCUCUGGCUGUGCCGCAUGGGGAGGGCCGCGGACACCUACCAGGCCCUGGCUGAAAUCCCCCUGGGCUAGUGAUCCCAGAGCCUGGGCCACGGGAGCUGAGCCCAGGACACACCAGAGCGACAGGAGAACAGGAGAAGCGGCUCUCUCUCUUUCUCUCUCUUUAAUUCUGGUUUCUCUCAAGCUUCCAAAUGGUGCUCAGUGCUCCAAGGAAAGAAUGAAGGAAGGAAAGGGGGGAGGAGUGGAGGGGGCAGAGGAGGAACAUCUGGAAAAAAGCAGCCUGACAGUCCAGCUGUUUGCGAACUCAUGGCACACCCUCCAGUUACAUGGCAGAAGAGGGAGGGAGGGAG